AUGACUAUAUAUGGAGGCAAAGAAAAGCACCAGUGGACCUUAUAUUUUACAAUCACAAAAGAAAGAGUAAAUAAAAGUAAUUAUGGUGCUAAAUGUAAAGCUUGUAUUAAAAAUCUGGAACCUGCAACUUCUGUCAAAGUAAUUACAAAUAAAAAAAAGAUUUGCAGGAAUCAUUUGAAGCAUUGUGAUUAUUUCAAAGCAGAACUUUCAAGUGAGGCUUUAAAUGAAUUUUUACGAAAAAUAGAUGAAGAAGAAAAAGAAGAAAGAGUAAAAAAUAAACACAAAAAAAGGAAAAUAAUUAAUAUUGAUAAUGAUGGUAGUGAAAUUUCAGAAGUGGAUGAAUUACAAUUUGUAUCUGUUGCAAGUUCUUCUAAAUCUAUUCGUAAUAAGUUCCAGGGAUUAAAAUUUUUAAACAAUAAUUUGCCUCCUCAAUUUGAAAAUAAUCCUAGAGAAAACACAAUACAAUAUUACAUGCCAAGAAAGUUAUCAGAAGAUUCACAGAAGCAAUGGGAAAGAUUGGUAUUAAGAGCAACUAUUUCUUGUGGGUGGUCAUUUAAUUGGGUCGAUAACCCUGAAGCAAAGGCAAUGUUAAAUUUUGCCAAUAAGGGAUUAAAUUUACCAAAAAGAAGAUCAUUAAGUGACAGAAUACUCGAGGAUGAAUCACAUAUGGUGCGAAUAAAAUUACAAGAAAUGGUAAAAGAAGAAAACAUUGGUCUAACAGUUUUGUUUGAUGGAUGGAAAAAUUGUGUCAAACAAUCAAUUCUAGGAUUGGUAAUAAUCACAUCUGAAGGUAAAAGUGUAAUUUGGAAUGCAGUAGAUAUUUCGGGUGAAAGAUCUAGAGCAAUUGAUGCUAUAAGUCAAAUUGAGUCCUGGUUAAAUGAUAAUAAAGAAUUAAAAAUUAUUUGCAUUGUCACUGAUUCAGCAAGUGGAUUUGCAUCAGCAAGAUCUACCUUAAGAGUGAAAUACAAAAAUAUAACCUUCCUACCAUGUUUCGCACAUCAAAUCAAUCUAGUAGUAGGUGAAAUUUUUAAAGAAUCAAUAGAUUUUGAAGAGGCUUCAGAGAAGGCUAUAAAAAUUAUUUCAUUUUUCAAUAAGUCAGCAUAUUUUAUGGGAAAACUAUGUAAAGAACAAAAGAUUCUUUAUAAAAAAUAUAUUUCCUUACAGCGUCCUGGUGAUACUCAUUGGAAUAGUUACCAUAGAUGUUUUACCAGCCUUAUAAAUAGCAAACAAGCAUUAGAAGCUAUAUGUGAAAUUAUUGAUUCUGAGUCUUUUUGGGGAUAUAUUAAAACUCUUCGAAAUCUUCUGGUUCCAUUAUGUAAUGCAUUAGAUAAGCUUCAAUCUAAUAAUGCUAGACUUUUUGAAGUUUUCCACUCUUUUGGAUACCUUGUUAAGUUAUAUAAGAGCUACCCAGAUCAGAUAUUUGGACAAAAAAUGUUAACUAGGUUAGAAAGGUGCUGGAGUAUUUGGGAGCAACCUAUACUUAUUCUUUCUUUUUGGCUUCAUCCAAGUUAUAGGGCAGAAAAAUUUGACUCAAAUAUUAUACCAAGAUUGUCAUUUUCUUUAAAAUCAUGGCUUCUUUAUUAUUAUGAUUCAUGGAUUAACGAAAAACCUACAUCAAUCCUUUUCGAAUUUGAAAGAUAUAAUCAAAUGAAAUUUCCUUAUUCUAGUGAAAUUUUUAAUCAAUAUAAAGGUGAUUUAUUAUUAUACUGGGGUUCCUUGUCAAGAGAUAAUAAUGAACUUGCAAAGUUAGCAUGUCAUAUUUUUGGUAUGUGUGUCAACUCUGCUCCAUAUGAAAAGGUAUUGAAAAUAAGCCAGAUCCAUGGUGAUAUAAUUAAUUUAAAAAUGCAAUCAACUGUUAACAAACUUCAAACUGAAGAUUUAAAUGACUUUGUGACAGAAACAAAUGAUCAUAAUUCAAACCCAGAAGAAACUUAUCAAGAUUUAGAAGAAUGGCAGAUGUUAGUAGAUGAAUGGAUUAGCAUGACUUCCAAUGAAAAUAUUGAUGAUGAAAUGGAACAACAUGCUCCAUUAGAUGAAUCACACCCAGCAGAAAAUAAAAGGGCCAAGUGGACUUUGACAGAUUUGUUUCCUGCUGGUCUCGACGCACCAGAUUUCAUAUUUGAUAUAUUGCCUAUAAUAUAUAAUGAUUAA